UUCGAUAGGUAAGUUUUGGAACUUACAAUCAACCGCGGAUUCGCAUCAGGGACGUGAUGAAUCGAAACCAUUUCGCCCAUUUGGGGGUUAAGCAGAGCAGCCAGCAGCCACGCCGUUGUGCUCGCUCAACUAUCUAGGAGGGAGCGAGGGACACACCUUUCUUCCUCCUAGCAGCAAGCUAUACUCUGCCUGCCCACAAUCACCAUGCGUCUCCUCUUCCUGCUGGUAGUAGCACUGCAUCUCUUCAGCCACCACACUCCCGCAAGCUCUGCCGCCAGCAUCAAGGCACUCAUCCGCGGCCAGUCCCUAGCCGCCGGCGACAAGCUCGUCUCCGGCAACGGCAAGUUCGCGCUCGGCUUCUUCCAGCUCGCCGGCGCCGGCAGCGAGCCCUCUCGCUACACCAACCGCUGGCAUCUGGGCAUAUGGUUCAACAAGAUUCCCAUGUUCACUCCAGUGUGGGUGGCAAACAGGGAGGAGCCGUUGGCGGACCCAAGCUCAUCCGAGCUCACGUUCUCCGGAGACGGCAACCUCGUCCUGCUGAACAGGGCCACCAACGCCACCGUCUGGUCCAGCGGAGCCAACGUGACGGCGGCAGCCAAUGCCACCGUGCUCGUGCUCCUGGACACCGGGAACCUCGUCCUGCGUGGCUCGGCCACCGACGCGCUGUGGCAGAGCUUCGACCACCCGGCGGACACCCUCCUCCCCGACGCGACGAUCGGGCUGGACAAGGUCACUGGCCGGGCGCGCCGCCUCGUCUCGCGGAGGAACCUGCUGGACCAGUCCCCCGGCGUGUACUCCAUGGAGCUGGGCCUCGCUGGCGUCGUCCAGCUGCUGUGGAACUCGUCCGUGCCGUACUGGUCCAGCGGCGACUGGAACGGGCAGUACCAGUACUUCAGCUCGGUGCCGGGGAUGGCGGCGCGCCACCUGUUCGACUUCACCUUCGUCAACGACGGCCGGGAGGUGUCCUUCAAGUACCAUCUGCGCGACGAGACCGACACCGUGUACAGCUUCCUGGACGUGUCCGGGCAGAGGAAGGUCCUCCUCUGGCAGGAGAGCACGCAGGAGUGGAUCACGAUCUACAGGCACCCGGAGCUCCGGUGCGACGCGCACGCCGCCUGCGGGCCGUUCGCGGUCUGCGACGACAACGCGGCCUCGGCGUGCAGCUGCCUCAGGGGCUUCUCCGUGGCGGCGCCCGAUGUCUGGGAGCUGGGCGACAGAACCGCCGGAUGCAAGAGGGACGUUCCGUUGGAUUAUUGCGGCGGCAACGGCAGCGUCGCCGGGCCGGCGGACAGGUUCUACGCCGUGGCAGCGGUGAGGUUACCGUACGAUCCACGCAGCGUAGGAGGACCCGUGACAAGCGCGGCUGAAUGCGAGCAGGCUUGCCUGAGCACCUGCUCUUGCUCCGCGUAUUCCUUUGGUACCGGUGGUUGCUCCGUCUGGCACGGUGAGCUGGUCAAUGUGAGACACCUGCAGUUUGCUGAUGCCGCCGCUGGUAACGGCGAAGUUCUUCACCUUCGCCUCGCUGCCAAGGAGUUUCAGACAAGGAAGAAGAGCAGAGCGAUGGUGAUUGGAGGCGCCAUUGCAACAGGUACUGCUGCUUUGUGCGUCUCAGUGCUCGUCCUUCUGCUGAUGGUGAUGGCCAGAAGGAACAGAAGGCAUCGUCCACAUUGCGACGGUGGGCUGAUCGCGUUCAGAUACAGAGAUCUGCAGCGAGCGACCGGAGAUUUUUCAGACAAGAUCGGGGCCGGCGGAUUCGGUUCCGUGUUCAAGGGAUCGUUGAACACGUCCACGACCAUCGCCGUCAAGAGGCUCCACGGCUCGUGCCGGGCGGAGAAGCAGUUCAGGGCCGAGGUGAGCUCCAUCGGCAUCCUCCAGCACACCAACCUGGUCAAGAUGAUCGGCUUCUGCUGCGAGCGCGACAGGAGGCUGCUCGUGUACGAGCACAUGCCCAAUCUCUCCCUCGACGUCCACCUCUUCCGGAGCAAGAGCAACGCCGCAGCCCUGACCCUGAGCUGGAGCACCAGGUACCGGGUGGCGCUCGGCGUCGCCCGGGGCCUGGCGUACCUGCACGAGAGCUGCCGGGACUGCGUCAUCCACUGCGACGUCAAGCCGCAGAACAUCCUCCUCGAUGGAUCGUUCCGCCCCAAGAUCGCGGACUUCGGGAUGGCCAAGCUCAUGGCGAGGGACUUGAGCCGGGUGCUGACCACGGCCAGGGGAACCGUCGGGUACCUCGCGCCGGAGUGGAUCAGCGGGAUGCCUGUCACGCCCAAGGUCGACGUGUACGCCUACGGGAUGGUGCUGCUGGAGAUCGUGUCCGGGAGGAUGAACUCGGAGGAAGAGUGCGGCGGCGGCGAGGACGAUGACGAGGUUGUCUACUUCCCGGUCCUGGUCGCGCGGAAGCUUCUCGAGGGGGAUGUGAUGAGACUCGUGGAUCGGAGUCUGAGCAGCGACGCCGUCGUCGAGGAGGUGGAGAGGGCGUGCAAGGUCGCCUGCUGGUGCAUUCAGGACAAUGAGGCUGACCGGCCGGCGAUGGGCAAGGUGGUCCAGAUCCUUGAAGGUCUUGUGGAGGUAGACAUGCCUCCCACGCCAAGGCUGCUUGCAGCUAUCGCCGGAAGAUCUCAUUCGGCCUGCACCUAGCCGUUAUCGUUGACCCUUCUGGAGCAUAUAUAGAGAAGAAAGCAACGAUGGAGUCAGUAGAAGUAGCACCCACACCUACACGCCACAUACUCGGUGCUCAGUAAUCUCACUUGCAUCGUGUCAAAACAGUAACACAAAAGGGUUU